AUGAUUCAGAAAAUAAGGCCAAUAUUCAGACAACAAAUUUUAAAGCCUUUGAGGGUGGAAGUUCGUUGUUACAGUAAAUUUAGUACAGAAUAUACUCCAUCUCCACCAAAGCUACCAAAAGAGCAACAAGAGGAAUUUGAAGCUUUGCAGAAGAUCGCUAAUUCACAAGCUGCUAUUGAUCAAUAUAAUGAGCAAAUAGAAAAUACAGGAAGUGCCAAUAGUGAUAGUUUGAGCACAUCAUCGACGAAAACAGAUAUCGGUGGAUUCCAUCCAGAGUAUUUCAAGACUAUUCCUGAGUUCGAGGGAGAUGUCAAUCCAAUCACUGGUGAAAGAGGAGGUCCUAAACAGGAUCCUUUGAAGCAUGGGGAUGAAUGGUCAUUUAAUGGUAGAGUUACUGACUUCUAG